AUGCAAACCUUGUUGCGCCGCCCACUGGACACGACUUUCCUCACGGACGGAGGUGCGGCUGGAGCGACUGCGCCAAAUGCAGCUGGGCCUCCGAAUGAGAUGGCCGAGGCCGCAUCGCAAUGGGCCCGGCACGCCGCAUUCACAGCAUCCAGAGCAGCGCAGGCAGCACAGUACGCGUCACAGCAGGCCCAAAUGGCCACGAACUCUGCCCAAAACGCGGUUGCACAAGUAAGCUACUUGAUGAACAACCCGGAUUUACGUUCCACAGCGGCGGCAGGUCUAGAUGGCAUUCUUUCAGACGGAGUGUGCGGCUCUCCUGUGCUGCUUAGCGCGUACCUGUUCAGCCAGCAGGAGAAGCGGCCCUUGAGCCGAAGGCAGGACAGUCGAGGACUGUCGAGGCUGGACAGCUUCAUGUGA